AUGAAUUUACAUCACAAGGCGGUGUGCACAUCUUCCUGACAAUUUAAAUCACAAGAAACAAUGAUGCUAUGUAUAUAUAUUUGGUAAUUUUGUGCUGCUCCUCAAUUCUACACAGACUGAACAAAACUUUAAUUAAGCAAAAUGCUUUACCAUCUGAUGAUUUGGUUGCUAGAGUAUGUUUAAAAAAAGGCCUUGGUGAUGCUUAUGUUAGCUUUAGCUAUCAUGCUCACUAUAGUUCAGAUUCAAGCAAGCUGAUGAAUAGUUGUUUUCUACAAUAAAAGCAUGGGUCUAUUCACAUACUGUUCUGCAUCCCAUCACACACGCAAACAUAUAAGAUUAUACCACAAACUGAACACAUUAAGUGUAUAUUGUAAGACUAACUGUAAAUAGCAAAAAAUUUUAUUCAAGGCUCUGAAGAUUUUUCUUUGAAUGUUUUUCUCAAGUUUAUAGGAACUCUUUGCGCUUGGGUAAUGUUUCCUUAUGUGUUUAUUCAGCAGAUUGAUUCAUCGUUAACCUAAUUUGUGAUCAAUCUUCACAUUCAAUUCAUAACUCCAGUAGUCUCUAAGCCAGCUCUUGUCACGUAGAGGGAGGUUAAGCGUCUGCGACUGCAUGAACCUUGGAUUCGUCCUGCAGAACACAGACUGCUGCUAGAGGUUUGACUGUGGUUUCUCGUGUCUGUAAUGUUUCCAUUCUGCCUCUAUUUGUUUUCCAACCUCACUAACAGCUAGGUGCUAAACCCCAAAACCCAUCUCUCUCACUUCUCGCCAGUUAAUCUCUCGCUCACUCCGUCCCCAGCUCCUCAUGUCUCCCUCAUUGUUCAUGGAUUCUGUUCCCUCCAGUUGCAUCCCUCUCUUAGUGCCUGUAUGUGUGAUUGACACACAUCCGUCACCUCCUCCCUUCUUGGCCGUGUCAUAUUAAAGCCCCUCUCCCUGUCCCCACCUGCCUCUGUGUCUUUUCACAUUGAGUCCCUCGUCACCACUUGCUUUCCAAACGGCAGGAUGGACUGGAGCGCUUACGGUACCGUCCCGCUCACUCUUCCCAUCUUCCAUUUGGUGUAAUGCCUUCCUUCCUGUGUUGUCUGUAGACUUGGCUCAUUUUGUACUGGUCCAUUUGUGUUUUAUGGAAAAGGUCUUGUGCGUUGUGUUUUCGUAUUUUCAGUUUGUAAACAUAUUUGAUUAUUUUCAUUGAGCAUUAUCUGCAAUAUAUGCACUGGACUUGUAAUAUUUGUUCAUAAGAAUUGAAUUACAGUAUGUAAUCUGAAUGCUUUAGAAGAUCAUAAUUAUUUUUACACUGAUGUAUUGUAAAAAUAAUGUCAUUGUUUUGUUUGAAUUUUAACUGUUAGUAGUUUUAAAAUGAUAGACUUUUGGGUGUCACUCAUCAAAUUGACAGGAUUUGCAUCAAAUGAACAGAACUACUACUAGGAUUGGGAAUUUUAAAUUGGGUGAUGAAAAGAUAUAAUCACAAUAUAAAUAAAAAUGGCAUCAAUUGUAUCACUGCAAAUAAUUGUUUCUCAACACAUACUUUUUGUGUUGUUUUCCUUUCUCUAUCUGUUACUGUACAUGUUUUUAAGUUCAUAUCUUUCCCUCAACCUUUUAUAAAUAUUGCUAUAAGUCUGUGUUCUUUCAAUGUACAGUGUCAGUGCAGAUGAUUCAUCAAGGCAUCCAUCUGUCUCCUCUCUCCUUUGUGUAAUGGUGCUGCUCUGUGUUUCAGAGCUUGACCCCCUGGUGGUCCCCCCUCUCACUCCCACUAGUAAGGAUGUUCUCAGCCAGGCUGUGAGGGCCACCUUCGCUGGCUUCACACAGGAACGAAUCCGUCUACGCUUCCCCCCAGACCCUAAACUGUGGUCAGAAUGGGAGGUAAGCCACUGGUUAGACUGGUGCCAGGCAGAGUUCAGUUUGCACGACUUGGGCCCAGAUUUGCGGGGGCUUCCUGGGAGUGAGCUUUGUACCCUGGACAGAGAUGGGUUCCUGGCCCUGACCUCUGACUGCACCGCUGGGGAAAUUCUGUGGGAACACCUGGAAACCAUGCGCAACGAGUGUCGAAUGGACUGCGGCUUCACGCUUCUCUCCUGCACAUCUUCCCUCUAUAGUCAAGCAGAACUAGGCUCAGAUUACCUUUCUGAGCAUUCCCAGUACCAAGAUGAGCCCAGUUACCCUCAGCUAGCUGAUGGUUACCUGCCCGAACCCCUGCAGGUACUCUCCCUUGACCCUAUGACCCCAGGACACCAGGUAAAGCAAGAGGGGCUGGCAAAGAAGCAGGAAGCUGCUAGGCCUCAAACUCAGCUCCUCAGUACAGAUUGUGGGGUUGAGAUGGAGCCAUUGUGCUAUAAUAUCACAGAAAUAACCACCUCCCUGUCCUGGGUUGGUCAGCAGCAGGAAGUGGAACAGCAAGUGAAGGAUGUGUCCAUGUCCAAUGAGACAUUUUCGCUACUGCACCCAGUUGGGAAUUUCAAAGAUUUUGCUGGAGAGAAGGAGGAUCUCAAUGACUCUGCUAGAGCAGUGGUCUCAGCAGCAAUUCUUGCAAGCUACACUGGAAGUGGGCCCAUCCAGCUAUGGCAGUUCCUAUUGGAGCUUCUCUCUGAUCGCAGCUGUCAGUCAUUCAUCAGCUGGACUGGGGAUGGUUGGGAAUUCAAACUGACAGACCCUAAUGAGCUGCACAAGCCCCUUUCCCUCACUGUGCCUGUUUCUCUUUCUGUCUCUUACUUUCUCUCUCCGUGACUUGGGCUGUUUGCACACUUGCAUUUCCUCCUGUCCCGUCUUCCUAAUGCUCAGGUUGCACGACUGUGGGGCCGUCGGAAGAACAAGCCCAACAUGAACUAUGAGAAGCUGAGCCGCGGCCUCCGCUACUACUAUGACAAGAACAUCAUCCACAAGACCGCUGGCAAGCGCUACGUCUACCGCUUUGUCUGCAACCUACAAGGCCUACUGGGAUGUGACCCUAGGGAGCUGCACACUGUGCUUGACAUCUUGCCCAAAGACGGUGAGGAAUGAAGCUACAGAAGGGUUUCCAGAAGGAGGACCAUCGUGCUACUUUAACAUCAACAUUCAGCAUCCACAAGCAACGCCCCAAUGCCUUCAGUGGUCAGCUGGUCGUCUCCAGUCUAAUCUGGAUCCCUAAAUCCAGCUAACAUGUUCUCACAACAUUACUGUAAAGUUCUUACUGUGUGUAACAAUCCACAGUGGACACAACCAUGGAGACUC